AUGGACAUGCCAGUGAAUGUCCCCGUGGACAAUCCAAAUGCCGACACAGAGUGGAACGACAUACUCCGCAAACACGGUAUCAUCCCGGAGAAGCCACCAGACCCAGAGCCAAUCAUCCAAGAAGCUCUUAUCGAAGCGGCCAAACGGGCACAUGAAAACCGCCUCGAGGACAAGGACCUCGACGAACUCAACGACCUCGAGGACGAAGAGGACGCAGCAUUUCUUGAGCGGUACCGUCGACAACGACUGGCCGAGCUGUCCACCCUGCAGAAGAAAAGCGUCUACGGCCAGGUGUUCCCACUCCAAAAACCGGAUUAUUCGCGCGACGUGACCGAGGAGAGUUCCAAGGCGUUUGUGCUGGUUAAUUUGACCUCUUCCCUAGGCACCAACGUGGAGUCACGGGUCCUCACAGAACUCUGGCGUCAGUUGGCCGUUAAAUUCGGCGACAUUAAGUUUUGCGAAAUCCGCGCGGAUCUGUGCAUCGAGGGCUACCCGGAACGCAAUACGCCCACCAUUCUUCUCUACAAAGACGGUGAGAUUAAAAGACAAAUUGUGACGUUACAGCAACUGAACGGUCCACGGACGAAUCAAGAAGAUAUCGAGAGGGUUUUACUUGAGGUCGGUGCUGUUGCCGAGAACGAUGUCCGUUUGAGGCGCAAAGGAAGUGAUGAAGGGCUCAACGCAAGGAAGGAAGCGGUUGCUGACGAUGACGAUGACGAUUGGGAUUGA